UUCUGAGCUGGGCAUCUGAAGGCAUCGUUGGGCGGGCUGAGGGCAACAGGAGGGGCUGCCAGAGUCCGGGAGCUGCUGCCUCACUCUGUUUCUCACACCAUGCGUUGCCUGGCUACACGCCCCGCCGGGUCCUGCCUGCCAGAGCCCCAAGGCAGUGGACAGCACACAACCAUGGAGUUGGGGCCUCUAGAGGGCGGGUACCUGGAGCUUCUCAACAGCAAUGCUGACCCUUUGCAGCUCUACCACCUCUAUGACCGGAUGGACCUGGCUGGAGAAGAAGAGAUAGAGCUCUGCUCAGAACCUGACACGGACACCAUCAACUGCGAACAGUUCAGCAGGCUGUUGUGUGAUAUGGAAGGUGAUGAAGAGACCAGGGAAGCUUAUGCCAAUAUCGCGGAACUGGACCAGUAUGUCUUCCAGGACUCCCAGCUGGAGGGCCUGAGCAAAGACAUUUUCAUCGAGCACAUAGGACUGGAAGAAAUGAUCAGCGAGAGUGUGGAGGUGCUGGAGGAAGCAGGACAGAAAAGUCAGAAAAGACCCUUCCCAGAGGAGCUGCCUGUGGAUCUGAAGCACAGGAAGCUAGCUGAGCCCCUAGCCAUGCCCGUGGUGACUGGUGCUUUCCUGGUGGGGCUAGUGAGCGACUCUUCGGCUCAGCCCUGCCCGUCACCACCUGCUCUGUUCAACAAGGAGCCAGCAUCCAGCCAGACCCGGCUGAAAGACACCGCGCCCCCUUCCAGUUCCUUGUUGAGCUGCCUGAGUCUCCCUGCUGCACCCAUCCAGAUCAUCCCCACUCUCUCCACUCUGCCCCAGGGGCUCUGGCAAAUCUCAGGGGCUGGGACAGGGGUCUCCAGUAUACUCAUCUACCAAGGUGAGGUGCCCCAGGCCAGCCAAACACCCCCCUCCAGCAGCCCAGCUGUCUACAGCCUCCCGAAGUCCCCAGACCGGCCCGGCUCCACCAGCCCCUUUGCCCCAUCGGCAGCUGACCUCCCCAGCAUGCCUGAACCAGCCCUGACCUCCCGUGCAAACCUAACAGUGGAUGAGAUGUCCCCCACCCAAUGCCCAGCAGCUCACAAGGCCUCCAGCAAGCUUCCCAAGUGGCCUGAGAGUGUGGAACAAUUCUACUGCUCGCUACGGAACAAGUACCAGGCUAAGCCCGCAGGCCCGGAAGGCAUCCUGGUGGAGGUGGACCUGGUGAGAGUAAGGCUGGAGAGGAGCGGCGGCAAAAGCCAGGACAGAGAGCUGACCACCCUGGACUGGGCAGAGCAGCAGCCGGCCCGAGGAGGUCUGGGCGAGGUGCUGCUGGCCUCUAGCAACCACCGGCGGCCACGUGAGACGCAGGUGAUCGCCGUGCUGGGCAAAGCAGGACAGGGGAAGAGUCACUGGGUCCAGGCCGUGAGCUGGGCCUGGGCCUGCGGCCAGCUGCCACAGUAUGACUUUAUCUUCUGCAUCCCCUGCCACUGUUUGGACCGUCCGGGGGACACCUACCGCCUGCAGGAUCUGCUCUUCUCCCUGGGUUCACAGCCACUGUCAGGGGACGACGAGGUCUUCAGUUACAUCUUGAGGAGGCCCGACCGCAUUCUGCUCAUCCUGGAUGCCUUCGAGGAGCUCGAAGCCCAAGACGGCUUCCUGCACAGCGCGGGCGGACCCAUGUCAGCAGAAUUCCGCUCUCUCCGGGGGCUGCUGGCGAGCCUCUUCCAGCGCAAGCUGCUGCGUGGCUGCACCCUGCUGCUUACAGCCCGGCCCCGGGGCCGCCUGGCCCAGAGCCUGAGCAAGGCCGACGCUCUGUUCGAAGUGGCCGGCUUCUCCGCCCAGCAGGCCGAGACCUAUGUGAUGCGCUACUUUGAGUGUUCGGGGGCCACCGAGCACCAAAAGAGAGCCCUGGCGCUCCUCCAGUCCCAGCCAUUUCUCCUGAGUCACAGCCAUAGCCCCACUGUGUGCCGGGCCGUGUGCCAGCUCUCGGAGGCCCUCCUGGAGCUAGGUGAUGAGGCCCAGCUGCCUUCCACACUCACGGGCCUCUAUGUUGGCUUACUAGGCCCAGGAGCCCGUGACAGCCCCCCAGGGGCCCUGGUGGGACUGGCCAGGCUGGCCUGGGAGCUGGGCCGCGGUCACCAGAGCAGCCUGCGGGAGGGCCAGUUCCCAUCGGCUGAGGUGAGGGCCUGGGCUGUGGCCCAAGGCUUGGUGCAGCCCACCCCGGGGGCCCCGGAGACCGAGCUGGCCUUCUCCAGCUUCCUCCUGCAAUGCUUCCUGGGGGCCGUGUGGCUGGCUCUGAGCAGCGAAAUCAAGGACAAGGAGCUGCCGCAGUAUUUGGCAUUGACCCCGAGGAAGAAGAGGCCCUAUGACAACUGGCUGGAGGGCGUGCCGCGCUUUCUGGUCGGGCUGGUCUUCCAGCCUCGUGCCCGCUGCCUGGGAGCCCUGGCAGGGCUGGCGGCCUCCACCUCAGCAGACAGGAAGCAGAAGGUCCUCACCAGGUACCUGAAGCGGCUGCAGCCUGGGACGCUGAAGGCGGGGCGGCUGCUGGAGCUGCUGCACUGCGCCCACGAGGCGCUGGAUGCUGGGCUUUGGCAGCAUGUGCUGCAGGGGCUCCCGGCCCACCUCUCGUUCCUGGGCACCCGGCUCACGCCUCCCGACACCCACGUGCUGGGCAGCGCCUUGGAGGCGGCGGGCCGAGACUUCUCCCUGGACCUCCGCAGCACUGGUGUUGACCCCUCUGGACUGGGGAGCCUCGUGGGGCUCAGCUGUGUCACCCAUUUCAGGGCUGCCUUGAGUGACACAGUGCAGCUGUGGGAGUCCCUACAGCAGCAUGGGGAGGCCAAGCUACUCCGAGCAGUGAAGGAGAAGUUCACCAUUGAGCCUUUCAAGGCUGAAUCCAUGAAGGAUGUGGAAGACCUGGGCAACCUCGUGCAGAUCCAGAGGACAAGAAGUUCCUCUGAAGACACGCCUGGGGAACUCCCUGCCAUCCGAGACUUAAAGAAGCUGGAGUUUGCGCUGGGCCCCAUCUUGGGCCCUCAGGCUUUUCCCAAACUGGUGAAGAUCCUUGAGGCCUUUUCUUCCCUUCAGCAUCUGGACCUGGACUCGCUGAGCGAGAACAAGAUCGGGGAUGAGGGUGUCGCCCAGCUCUCGGCCACCUUCCCUCAGCUGAAGGCCCUGGAGACACUCAAUUUGUCCCAGAACAACAUCACUGACUUGGGUGCCUGCAAGCUGGCCGAGGCCCUGCCCUUGCUGGCUGCGUCCCUCCUCAGGCUGAGCUUGUACAAUAACUGCAUCUGCGACGUGGGAGCUGAGAGCCUGGCACACGUGCUUCCAGACAUGGUGUCCCUCCGGGUGCUGGAUGUCCAGUACAACAAGUUCACAGCUGCCGGGGCCCAGCAGCUCACUGCCAGCCUGAGAAAGUGCCCUCAUGUGGAGAAGCUGGCGAUGUGGACGCCCACCAUCCCUUUUGGCGUCCAGGAACACCUGCAGCAGCUGGACUCAAGGAUCAUCCUGAGAUGAUCCAGGCUGUGCCGGGGACAAGGUAACUGAGCCCUCAGCAUUGGGAAGGUCUGCCUUCGAGGACGCCCCAGCCAUCCCGGCUGCUGUUUCAACCUGUCGGCUGCCCCGAUGCCCGGCAUUGUUUUCAUAGGAAUUUGCUCUACCAGUUUCCUGCCUCUCUCUGUGCGGAUGACUGUCCCCUCACUUCCAUGCUCCCGCGACCUGGGACAUCCCCCUCCUCCAUUCCUACCAUCCCUCCCAUCCCCAAUCUCGACCACACUUUAUCCAUGUGUUGAACUGCCCUGUCCUAAAGCUGCCUGAUCUCCACCCAUCCUGACCUCUCACAGCCUGUUCUCCAAGGACACUGACCGUGCUGGACCCUGACCUGGUUAUUUGUGGACACAGCUCUUCUUGGGCUGUUUCCCGUGAGCCUCGGCGUCCUGGUGCCCAGCCCUGGCGGCUCAGAGUCGGCCCCCGCCCAGCUGCGGAAAGGACCCAUGGCCUGCUCUGCGAACAGACCCAGGCCCGGCCCUAGGCUCCUUCGGGGAGCAGGUUGAUGUCAGCCCUGCUCAGCCACUGCAGCCCUGGCAGAUGGGCCGGUGCCUGGUGGCAGCUGCUGUGUACCCAAGAGCCCUGAGGCAUUCCCUGCAGGACACUGCAGACAGCUGUGGCCAGGCCAGAGAGAGGGACGAAGAGGCCACACCCCCACCUGCCCAGGUCCCUGCUGCCCCGGGGAGAAAGCACUGCUCCACGCUGCUCUCCUAAAGGGCACGCUCUGAGCAUACCAGCGACCAUCCCCUGCCUGCUGAUUUCCCAAACCAUGACAGGCUGGGAUUCUACGGCAGCUGCCUUCUGUCUCUGGGACUCACUGGUUUGCACUAACUUUGUUUGCCGAGGCCAAAUCUAGGCCUGGCCAGACACACUGGACCUUAGCAGGAGAAGAGCUGAUGGUACACUAACGGAGGGGGGGAGGGGCGAUGGGCUGGAACCACAUCUGCCUUUUUUCCUUCAUUUCCUGUGUCUUUUUUCACUACAUGUUAAAUGGCUCAUUUAAUCCCACGGGCAGGUCCUGUGUUUGAGGUUAUACCGUGAUGACCAUUUUGGAUGCCCACUCCUCCGGCUAGCUAAUGCAUCCCAAACCACCCCAAAACGCAGUGGCUGAAAACAGCACACACAUUUAUUCUGCUCACACACCUGUCCUUCGGGCAGGGCUUGGCGGGGACGGCUUGUCUCUGCCCCACUCAGUGUCAGCUGGGGUUGUCUGGAGGCUCAGUCAUGCGUAUGUCUGGCACCCGAUGCUGCCCGGUGGCUGGGGCCUUGGUUCCUCUAAGGAAGUGGCAGGGGGACUCUCCCUGUGGGCUAGUUUGGGCUUCCUCACAGCAUGGUGGCUGCGUUGAAGGGUGAUCACCCCAAGAGGAAGAGAGGUUGUGGGGGCAGAGGAGACCGAGACCAUGGCGAACAGCCCUGCCCUUUCUGUAACCCAGCUUUAGAAGCUGUCACACAGCAUCACUUCUGCCACAUUCUAUGGCCAGUUGACGGAGGCCCUUGCUCUCUUGCCCUCCCCACCCCCCUCAGCCCAACACACACAGCAGAGUCCACUUCGGCUCAAGUCCUGUCUUUCGGGAAAGGAUUUUCUCUAUGGCUUCCUACCCUUCAUUGGAAAAUUCGUUAUUUGGGGGUCAGCAAGGCUGAAGCACCGUGAGCCUUGCAGAGUGUUUUCCUCUGUCUCUGAUCCUCUGCUCUACCCUGGGAGUCGUUUCUUAGCUGAGCUGGAAUCCGGCCCUGGCCACGGCAAGCCUGGAAGGGACUUGGCAGCUUUGCUGUCUACACAGAGAGCUGCCAGGUCGGCUGCUGUUGUUUUUCACUGGGGCACGGCUGGCUCGGUCAGAAGCCCUGAUCUGGGACAACCUGGCCCUCUGCUGGUGGCUGUGGGAGCUGCCUGUGCCCCAGUGCGCCAGCCCUGAUGCCUGGUUCCUCAAACUCUCCUCCUCUUCCCAGUAAGUGGGUGUUGGGGGUCGGGAGGGUCAGAGGGAUUCUGACCCCGCUGCCCCGCUGGCAAUCCUGGCAGAAAGGUAGUGCCUUCCGCCUUGGUCCAGUGGCUCAGGGCAUCAGGCCUUGUAGCUGGGCCAUCACCCCUCAGGGUGUGCCUGCAUUUGUGGACCUUGUAGAGUCCCCAGAACUCCCACUUGUGCAGCCACAGGAAGACAGUCUCCUUCUGAUCCAGGCAUCUACUGCACCCUUCAGCCAGGCAGGGUGGGCACAACUGUCCCCACUGCUUUUGGUCUGUUCAGAGGUGAUAAAAUGAGGUCAGAGGCUAUAAUUAUUCAUAGUAAAGACUUUAAAUGAUAGCUACCACUUAUUAAAUGAGUUGAUACAUGUAAAGUGCUUAUCACAGCACAAGGGACACAGUAAGUGCUCAAUAAAUAUUAGCAAGUAUUAUUACUUUGUGCCAGGCACCGUGCUGAGCCCCCCCACCCCCCUUAUCAAGAGGGACCACGGUGUAGGGUCAAGCAUCUCAGACUCUAGAGCUAGACUGCUUGGGCUCAGUGUCCAGCUCACCACUCACUUGUGCAAAUUACUUCUCUGUGCCUCAGUCUCCUCAUGCGUAAAAUGGGCAUAAUCACAGUACCUUCUUCACGGGGUUACGUAGAGAUUCGAUGAGCAAAUAUGCUGAGAACAAGAGCCUGGCAUCCAGUUCCCUGCGUGUGGGCUGUCAUUGUUACACACAUGCGUGUGUUUCAUUCUCACCUCUGCCUGGAAUGUUCUCCCAGCUCUUCACACGGCCUGCAGGACUCAGUUUAAAGGACAGCUCCUCAGGACAGUAGUAAACGCGGACACCCCUCCCCCGGCCUAUCCCGUCACUAGUUUAUCUUUUUCACACUUAUUUGUCUGCUCUUGUCCUAGGAUGUGAGCUCCAAGAGGGCAGGUAACCUGUCUGUUUGUUCACUGCUGUGCAGAGGCACCCUCUGCACCCAGCAAGGUGCCUGCACAUAGUAAGGGCUCAAUAAAUGUUUGUGGAAUGAACGAGUAAUCCUCACCACAACUUUGCUUUCUUUAUUUGCUGUAUUCAUGCCACAAAUAUAUAGUGACACCGUGGUGUACUCAAUAAAAUGCUCAAGGUCCCU